AUGGCUUCGACUUGCUUACCAGAGUUUCCAGAACGCAGGAAAAAGCGGAGGUCGCGAUUUGGCUGCCGAAAUUGCAAGCUCAGAAAACUCAAGGUAUGCGACGAAGGCAAACCGCAGUGCAAGAGAUGUAGUUCAUUUGGGAUAUUAUGCAAUUUCAAGCCUAAUAUUCCUGAUCUGCAGCCCGUCGCCGAUGACUCCGUAAGGUUAUUGGUGGCCGCUCGAGAAAAAGCAGAACUUCAACCUCCUCUCAGUAAUGCUAUUUGGACAUCUGAUGCAUCGACAUUCUAUCAAUUAGACGCAAACUGUCAAGAAUUCGUCUCCCGGUACCUAGGACGAAGUCUUAUUACUCCGGAUGACCCUAAUAUGAUAGAAGUCAAUCGCAAGCUCUUGAUAUUGGCCUUUACCCACCCUUUCUUGAUGCACGCAUCUCUAGCGGUGGCGCUUGCGUAUGACCGCUAUCAGAACAGUCCGUUCGGCAGUCGUCGCACUCUAGAAGAGUGCUAUCACUGGCAUCAAAGCACAGCUCUCUUCAACCGACGAUUAAGGGAGCCGAUUGAGACGAAAGAUAAGGAUGCAAUCUGGGGCACAGCUGCUGCUCUGGCCCUCUUAACCUUCUCGACCCCUGAUUCCUAUACACCAGAAGAAUCGUGGCCUUUAAAGACCCCCGACCCCUCGGAUUGGGAAUGGUUGCGUAUGAGAAAGGGUAAAAUGUCACUGUGGUGCAUAACUAACCCGCUACGACCGGACAGUCUGUUUCACAUUCUGGCGCCGAUAUAUGCUCAAAUGUACUCACCACUGCCAGAGAAAGGCAUUGAUGGUAUAUCAAGGGGCUUAGCUAUCGCGUGCCAGCUUGACGACUCAUCGACGGCAGAAAACAAUGCGUAUUUCAAUGCUGCACAUGCAGCAUCCCAGAUCCAGGCUCUCUCGGAUAGCCAGGUCACAAUAGGUCAAAUCGAGCUCUUCACACGUAGCAUACGCGGGCCUUUCAAAUCCUUACUACAGGAAAAAGACCCAGUCGCACUUUUGUUGCUCUACCUAUGGUAUCGCAAAGCAGGUUGCAGUAUGUGGUGGAUUGAAAGUAGGGCUAGAGUGGAAUGUCCCUCUAUUUGCUCCUACCUACGGCUAUAUCAUAGUGGACAUGACGCUGUAAAUGCAUUCCUUCCGGGAGGUCCUCUCGCUGAUAGGUAG